AUGGCCGACCUUAACGAAUACCCCCCAAAUCUCCCCGUCAGAGAUGCGCUUGUGGUCCGUCAAACCCAAUGCCCCGACCACGCAGUCGUUCCCUACUCAGGCGACAACCUCGCCCGUCCAAGCUUUGGCCCCGCCAACCCCUUCCGCGGCGACUCGUCGUCGUCCGCAUCAACAGCCCUUAAACGCAAAAAUGUCCUGACCGGCCACGCCGAAGAGACGUUUAUCUCUGAGCACACUUUCCGCGCCAAGCACAGAGCGAUAGAGCGCGCUGGGGGCCCGGAGAGGGAAGGCGCGGCGGUGGUCCUGAGUAAUAGGGAGCAGAAGGAGAUUAAUAAGCGGUUGCGGGGAGCAAGGGAACAGAAGGGCAAUGCGACUGUUGCGGAUGGGGAUGGCGCCUAUGUCGGACCGUGGGCGCGGUACAAGACGGAGCAAUACGAGACUGUGGAGGUGGAGGACGAGGACGAGCUGGGGAGUGACGAGGAGUAUGAGGUUGUGGACGAAGAUGAGGAGGAGGAAGUGGUACCGAGCGGCACGAUGGUGCAGGCGCCCGCGCCGUCCUUGGCGAGGCGGAAAGAAGUGGAGGAGCUCGGCGAGGAGACGACGACGUUCCAUGGGGAGAGCGAGUACGAUUAUCUGGGGCGGACGUACAUGCAUGUGCCGCAGGACCUUGAUAUUUCGCUGCACAAGGAGGUUGGGAGUAUUACGAAUUACAUCCCGAAGAAGCUCAUCUCCACGUGGAGGCACCACGGGAAACCAAUCACGGCGCUGCAGCUGUUUCCGAGGUCGAGUCAUUUGGGCUUGUCGGGCGCCGCGGACGGCAUGGUCAAGAUCUGGGAUGUCUACCGCCAGCGGGAGCUAUUGCGGACGUAUUCGGGACACAACAAAGCCAUCACGGACUUAUCCUUCAACAACGAGGGAACGAAGUUUCUGUCCGGUGGCUUUGAUCGGCGGAUCAGGCUAUGGGACACCGAGACGGGCCAGUGUGUCAACCGCUUCAACUGCGGCAAGACGCCGCAUGUCAUCAAGUUCAACCCCUCGGCAGAGAACGGGCACGAGUUCCUGGCGGGUCUGUCAGACAACAGGAUCUUGCAGUACGACAGUCGCGCGGGCAACGAGACCGUCCAGACGUACGAUCACCACUUGGGGGCCAUCAACACGAUCGAAUUCAUCGAUGAGAACCGCCGGUUUAUGUCGACAUCGGACGAUCGGUCCCUCAGGGUAUGGGAGUAUGGUAUCCCUGUCGAAAUUAAGACCAUCAGUGAACCCGACAUGUUCGCUCUUACCAAAUCCACGCAGCACCCUAGCGGCAAAUAUGUGCUCUACCAGUGCAGCGACAACUCGAUCGUCGCCUACUCGUCCGGCUCCGAUAAGUUCCGCCAGCAUCGCAAGAAGGCGUGGCGCGGUCACAACACGGCGGGCAGCGCGAUCGGGCUCACGUGCAGUCCAGACGGGCAGUUCGUUGCCUCCGGCGAUACCGCGGGCAGCGUCUGCUUCUGGGAUUGGAAGACGUGCAAGAUGUACAACAAGCUCACGGCAGACAGCGCCGGCGGGACCAUCAACUGCGUGGCGUGGUCAGAGCAGGAGACCAGCAAGGUGUUCACGGCGGGAGCGAAAGGGGAGAUCAAGAUGUGGGAUUAA